GCUCAGAUGUGUAAAUAAUUAUGUGUAAAUGAUUACGUGUAAAUGAUUAUGUGUAAAUGAUUAUGUGUAAAUGAUUAUGUGUAAAAUACCGGUAAUCUUUCGUGGCAAGGACAAAAUGGGUUUUCUACUCGUGAUCCCUGCUGUUCUAACUGUUCUUACGUGCCUGUCUGCGCCUUCCACGGCAGAAGUGUUUAGAUUCUGCUUAUAUUUGAAAAAUAUUCCCACCAAUUCCAACAAUAAAGCUGAAGUCUACCUGGAAGUGGUUAAUUUUGGGGAUACUGUAUUGUCUAAAACUUGUCAAGUGCCCACCUCCCUUGUCAACGCGGACAUUGGUGACAUCUACGAAUAUCAUGAGAAGGGCGGUGGAUGGGAUGAAUUGCUUGGUGGCCGUCUAUACUUCGCUGGGAGUAACGAGUUUAUUGGGAAGACGGCGAAGUUCGGUCCUGCCUCUGAAUGGAGUGACAAAUACAGGACAUCGAUUGAAUACAAGAUAUACAAUUCAGAUAAGGGAAAGUGGAACGAGUGGGAUAUUAAACGUGACGGGAAGCAAAGCUACCUUGGUAUUCACUAUAUGAUAGGCAACCGUGUCAAGAAUACUACACAUGCGAGAUUGAAGGAGAAAAAUGUCUAGGCUAUUGUCUUACAAUAGAAGAGAGCUGGCUAAAUGUUAAGGUUCGCUUAAUAAUGGACAUGUUUACCGUAAUUAAUGAAUAAAUCGUCAUAUUUCAGAGUACA